CCCAAGCACAUUGAACUGUUUCCAAGUUACUUACCUGUAUUUUAGAACAAAGCCCGAGAAUAUUUAUAGGAAUAAAAAAGUAUUCAUUGCUCAUCGAAGCAAAAUUCACAAUGUCUGGCAUCCAAUAAAAAUUGCCAGGCAUUCAAAGAUGCAGAAAAACCUGGCCCAUAAUGAGGAGAGUAAUUAAAAGCAACUCAGAACUGACAUAGAUUUUGGAAUUAGCAGGUACAGACAUUAAAAUGGUUUUUUAACUCUCUUACACUUACAUUUAAAAGAGAGUGGAAAAGGGUAAAAAAUGUGAGCAGGCUUGUGGUUGCCUGUGGUGGCAGAGUUCAAUAAGCUGGGGUUAAUGCAAAAUGAUAUAUGAGAAUGAUAAUGUGAAAGAGACCAUAAGAAGAGUUCUUGGGAACCUUUAUAAUGACAGGAUGUUUCGCAUUAAGAGAGUACUAGGCCUGACUAUGAGGCAGCAGAUUUUGCCUAAAGAGCAGUGGACAGAAUAUGAAGAGGAUAAAUUCUACCUUGAACCAUAUCUGAAAGAAGUUAUUUGGGGAAGAAAGAGAUGGGCAAAGAAAUAAUCAUGGAAUUAAAAUCUGUGGUAGCACCUGUCCUACAAAUAAUUUUAAGAUGUUGAGUAAACAUGAAAUGUACAAUUUAGAACUAUUUAAGCUGCAAAUGUAUUACUUUAAAUAAAUGUCUAUUGUAAUUAUAAAAAAUAUAAAAAUAAAAAAGAGGAAAGAUUUAAAAUAAGUCAUUGGAAAUAUUAAAAUGACCCAAACUGAGUGUCUAGAGCUGAAGACCAUGAUGUCUGAGAUGAAAAAUUUUACCAGAUGGGAUUAACAGAUUAGACAGUGAAGAAGAAAAGAUUAGUAAAUUUGAAGACAUCACAAUAGAAACCACUUCAGCAAAGAGUGGCAGUUUCCUACAAAGUUAUUAUACAAUGGCCUUUCCUCUUCUAAGUAUUUACCCAAGAGAAAUGAAAACGUGUCUAUCAAAACUAUAUACACUGUUGUUUAUGGCAAUUUAUUUGUAAAAGCACCAAACGUAGAUAACUCCAAAUACCCAUAAACCAGUAGAUGGAUAAACACAUUGUUGUAUAUCUAUAUAAUUUAAUAGUACUUAGUGAUAAAAGUCUUGUUACACACAACCAUGUGAGAGAAUCUCAGACUUUUUUGAGUGAAGGAAGCCAGAUUUAAAAAAUAUAUUAUGCAAUUCCAUUUAUAGAAAAUCUUAGGUAAUGCUAACUAAACCAUAGUUACAGAAAUUAAAUCAGCAGUUCUCUGGGGAUGAAGUAAGGAGAUAUAGAGGAAUUACCAAGGGGCAUAAAAAACCUUGGUGGGGGGGGAGUAAUGGAUAAAUUUACAACCUUUUUUUUUUUUUUUUUAAAGAUUUUAUUUAUUUGACUGAGAGAGACACAGCAAGAGAGGGAACACAAGCAAGGGGAGUGGGAGAGGGAGAAGCAGGCAGGCUUCCAGGUGAGCAGGUAGCCUGAGGCAGGGCUCGACCCAAGCUGAAGGCAGAGGCUUAACAACAGAGCCACCCAGGUGCCCCUAAAUUUAUAAUCUUGAUUAUGAUGAAUUUCACCUUUUGGAUGUA